AUGCAGAAGGCCCUCCAUGGGAUACUAUCUAGCCCGGGUGGCCCUGAGGAAAAGACUCAGGGGGAGGCCUCGGGCAAUGCCAUCUUAACUCACACACCAUCUAGAGCCAGCGAGGUCGUGUAUUCUGCAUUUUCAAAAGUGCAGAAGAGAUAUAUUGUCUUGUGUACAUCCUGGGCUGGUUUCUUUUCUCCGGUCUCUUCACAGAUUUACUACCCAGCCUUAAACACCCUGGCCCAUGACCUACAUGUCUCAAGUGGCUUGAUCAAUCUGACCCUCAUGAGCUAUAUGAUCUUCCAAGGGUUAUCGCCCAUGUUCGUGGGGGACUUUGCAGACAAAGCAGGCCGACGACCAGCCUACACCGGAUGCUUCAUCCUGUACAUAGCAGCCAAUAUUGGACUUGCACUCCAAAACAACUAUGCCGCACUCUUCAUUCUCCGCUGUCUGCAAAGCGCCGGUAUCAGCACCACCAUUGCGCUCGGCUCGGGGGUGGUGUCGGAUAUCGCAACUGCCGCCGAGCGGGGCUCAUACAUGGGCUUCGUAACUGCCGGCACGCUACUGGGCCCGUCCGUGGGUCCGGUCAUCGGAGGCCUACUGGCGCAGUAUCUAGGAUGGAGAGCCAUAUUCUGGUUUCUGGCUAUAUUCGCGGGCGCCUUCGCCGUGCAGUUCUUACUGUUCUUCCCCGAAACCGCCCGGAAAGUAGUCGGCAACGGCUCGAUCCCGCCUCCAACAUGGAACUUAUCAUUGAUCAACUGGUACCAGACCAGGCCAAGAAGAACAGAAGAAGGACAGGAAGCAAACAACAACACUGUAGAAGCAAGGCAUAAGAUCACUUUCCCAAACCCGCUAAGAACCCUCUCCAUCGUCUUCCAAAAAGACACCAGCCUAAUCCUCCUCUCCAACGCCAUCCUUUUCGCCGGCUUCUACGACGUCAGCGCCUCCAUCCCCUCCAUCUAUGAAGACCUGUACGAUCUCAACGACCUCCAAAUCGGCCUCUGCUACAUCCCCUUCGGCCUCGGCGCCACAAUCGCCUCCAUCCUCUCCGGAAAACUCCUAGACUACAACUACCGCCGUCUCGCCCGCCGACUCGGCGUCCCCCUCCACCACAGCUCCAGGGACCAAACAGACUUCCCCAUCGAAAAAGCCCGUCUGCAACUCGCCUUCCCGCUCCUAACCAUAGGCAGUCUAACCGUCAUUGCAUUCGGAUGGGUCCUGCACUUCCGCGUCCAUCUGGCGGCGCCCACCACAAUCCUAUUCGUAAUGGGGCUGGGCUUGACCGGCGCCUUUAACACAGUAAGUACCUUGCUUGUGGAUCUCUACCCCGGGAAUGCGAGUGCCGCGACGGCGUCGAAUAAUUUUGUUCGCUGUCUGCUGGGUGCCGGUGCUACGGCGUUGAUUGAUCCGAUGUUGAAUGCCAUGGGGAGGGGAUGGUGCUUUACUUUUAUUGCGUUUGUUAUGUUGGCCACGGCGCCGCUUUUGGGGGUUGUGGUGAGGUUUGGGCCGCGGUGGAGGAGGGAGAGGUUGGCCAGGACUGAGACUGAUGGGUCUGGGGUGAAGUUGUAG